ACACUGGCCUGCUUUACUUUCUAAUAUGGCAUUAAUUAUAAUGCACUAGCCCAUUUUCCAUGCGCUGAGUCACACUGAUAACGAAAUACCACAUAUAAUUCCCUUCAUUCGUUGCUCUGAAAGUCUCUGGCAAAUGUGAAACAUAUGCUACGCACAGUUCCUCCAGAGGGGCAGGUGGCUGUGUGAAGGGAUUGCUUAGAUGUGUGAUCAGAAGAGAUCACUGUGAGUGUGGGAACUGGCCUGCUGCACUACGCAGACCUAGAACCUCGUCUGGAAAUUUUGGUGGAGCCCAGAACAUCAGUUUGAGAUCUGAUGUCUUCAGAAAAAUGCCCAGACAGAUCAUGGAUUCCUGCGGGAAGUAUGCAGCUGUCACUUUGACCAUUUUGUCUGUAUUUCUGCAUCUUCUUCAUGCUUUCCCAGAUGGAGAGUUUCUCAUGCAGGGUUGUCCAGAGUGCAAGCUAGGGGAGAACAGAUUCUUUUCCAAGCCAGGAGCGCCCAUUUACCAAUGCACUGGGUGCUGUUUCUCCCGGGCCUAUCCCACUCCGAUGAGGUCCAAGAAGACCAUGCUUGUUCCAAAGAAUAUUACAUCAGAAGCAACGUGCUGCGUAGCAAAGGCUUUCACCAAGAUUACCCUUAAGGACAAUGUGAAGAUAGAGAACCAUACAGAUUGUCACUGCAGCACCUGCUACUAUCAUAAAUCCUAAAGCCUGUCCCUUUGUUAAUGAUCAAGGACAACGGUGAAUGGAUUAUUUGUUUUUCAGCUUUUAUAGCACUGCUGUGUAAAAUCUUAUGUUUUCUGGUCAAGACACUGGGUAGACCUUUGAGUAAGAUGGAUGGCUGUUUUAUUUCCUCUUUGCUUCUUCAUGCAUUUAAGUAAGUUUAAUUAUUUCCAUUAGGGAUAAAAUACAGCACUUGCAUGACAACCGAAUGCUUGAUCUAUUUUUAAAAUUAACUGUCAGUUAAAUCAUCAAUGUUUCUUGAGGAAAAAUGAUGAUUUAAUAGCUUAAAACAAAAAAAAAAAAGAUUCUGCUGUGGUUAA